ACAUUGUGGAGCAGGAGCGCUUCCUGCUGCAUCAGGAGACUCUGCCCAGACAGCUGCUGGAGGAGAAACAGCAGAACCCUGACUCCAUGCCCCUUCUCAGUGCACACAGCCUCAUACAGCUGUAUAUCUGUGAUGACAACAGGCGAGCCAAUGAGUACGACUUCAAAAAGGCUCUAGACCUGCUGGAGUACAUAGAUGAGGASGACUCGGUUGAUAUUAAUGCAAUGAAGUGUGAGAUCUUUGGCAAAGUGCUCAGGAGAGACGACUGGUCCUCUGCUGAUGGCAACGAAGAUCCUCUGGAAGCAGCUAAAGACAGCAUCUUCGUUAAAAUCCUCCUUAAACUCAUACAAGAAGGUGUUCCUCUGCAGACAUACCUGCCUGAUGUCAAAGAGCUGCUGGAGCUGGACGAGCUGAGCACCUUGAAAUCCAAACCUUACUUUGAGUUUGUCCUUCGAGCUAAUUAUGAACAUUACCUUCAGGCUCAGAUGUGAUGGGCUGGGUCCUCUCUUUAACGUGUCUUCACAUUUAAUUCAUGUUCAUUUGUUUGAAUUGUGCUCUUUUUCUAAAUAAAUAUUUAGUUGUUUCUGUAUUAAAAACCUGCAGGAAGUUG